AUGAAGAACAAGGAAGCUCAAUCAGGAGUAGCCAGCACUGAUUUACUAGUGGGUGCGCCCCGAGUUAAAAGGCUGUGCUGUGAAGAUGUUCUGGCUUUUGAAGGAAAUUAUUGGUCUCCCAUUCUUCUCCAAAAACAGACAGAAUCUCUGCAAAGAAUCAGACCUUCAGGACAGAACAGAAGUGUGGAAGAGGAGUACUUUUUGCCAGCAGUUUUGAGCAAAGAUUCCUGUUCUACCUGGGGAGGAGGGCAUUUUUCAACCUUUGAUAAAUACCAAUAUGACUUCACUGGGACUUGCAACUACAUCUUUGCAACUGUAUGUGAUGAGACCAGCCCAGACUUCAACAUCCAGUUCCGUCGUGGGCUAGACAAAAAAAUUGCAAGGAUCAUUAUUGAGCUUGGGCCUUCUGUUGUCAUUGUUGAGAAAGGAAGCAUUUCCAUCAGGAGUGUUGGUGUCAUUCAGUUACCUUACACCAGCAGUGGAAUCCAAAUAGCACCUUACGGAUGCAACAUCCGCCUGGUAGCCAAGCUGAUGGAGAUGGAACUGGUGGUCAUGUGGAACAAUGAUGACUACCUCAUGGUUUUGGCUGAAAAAAAAUACAUGGGGAAAACGUGUGGAAUGUGUGGGAACUAUGAUGGUUAUGAAUUGAAUGAAUUUGUGCGUGAAGGUAAAUUGCUGGAUACAUAUAAAUUUGCUGCCCUACAAAAAAUGGAUGAUCCAUCAGAGAUCUGCCUGUCCGAGGAGAUACCAAUUUCUGCUGUUCCUCACAAAAAAUAUGCCAUGAUCUGCUCUCAGUUACUUAAUUUGGUGUCACCAACCUGCAGUGUGCCCAAGGAUAGGUUUGUCAUUCGUUGCCAGCUUGAUAUGCAGGACUGCAGUGAGCCAGGACAAAACAACUGCACUUGCUCUACACUGUCAGAGUAUUCCAGGCAAUGUGCUAUGUCCCACCAAAUGGUGUUCAACUGGAGAACUGAAAAUUUCUGCUCUGUGGGAAAAUGUUCUGCAAACCAAAUCUAUGAGGAAUGUGGUGCUCCGUGUGUUAAAACCUGUUCCAACCCAGAGUACAGCUGUUCCAGUCACUGUACCUAUGGCUGCUUUUGUCCAGAAGGAACUGUUCUUGAUGAUAUCUCAAAGAAUCGGACGUGUGUUCACAUUAGCCAGUGUCCAUGUACACUGAAUGGGAAAACAUAUACUCCUGGUGAGACAAUGAAAGCAGCUUGUAGGACCUGUAAAUGUGUGAUGGGUCAGUGGAACUGCAAAGACUUGCCCUGUCCUGGAAGGUGUUCACUGGAAGGAGGCUCCUUUGUUACCACAUUUGAUUCAAGGCAAUAUCGAUUCCAUGGGGUUUGCACUUAUGUUCUUAUGAAGAGUUCUAGCCUGCCACACAAUGGAACCCUAAUGGCUGUUUAUGAAAAGACUGGUUAUUCUCAUUCUGAGACAUCAUUUAGUGCUAUAAUUUACCAAUCUACAAAGGACAAAAUUGUGAUUUCUCAGAAUGAUCUCCUUACUGAUGGUGAUGAACUCAAGCGGCUGCCUUACAGAUCAGGAGACGUCACUGUUUUCAGACAGUCCUCCAUGUAUGUUCAGAUGCAUACAAACUUUGGGCUGGAAGUUACAGUUCAAACAUCACCUGUGUUCCAGGCCUAUGUGAAAGUUGGAUCACAAUUCAAAGGCAGAACACUAGGUUUGUGUGGCAAUUACAAUGGAGACACUACAGAUGACUUCAUGACUAGCAUGGAUAUCACAGAAGGGACAGCCUCCCUGUUUGUAGAUUCCUGGAGGGCAGGAAAUUGCCAUCCUGCCUUAGAGAGAGAGACUGACCCUUGCGCUUUGAGCCAACUGAACAAAAUAUCUGCUGAGACUCAUUGCUCCAUUCUGACCAAGAAGGGUACAGUGUUUGAGAAAUGCCAUGCUGUGGUGAACCCUAUUCCUUUCUACAAGAGAUGUGUCUACCAGGCCUGUAAUUAUGAAGAGACUUUUCCUUAUAUUUGUUCUGCUCUGGGAUCAUAUGCACGAGCAUGCAGCUCCAUGGGUUUAAUCCUUGAGAACUGGAGGAGCAGUGUGGACAAUUGCACCAUUACUUGCACUGGCAAUCAAACAUUCAGCUACAACACUCAGGCAUGUGACAGGACAUGCUUAUCGCUCUCCAACCGAGCCCUGGAAUGCCAUCCAACUGAUAUUCCUAUUGAAGGCUGCCAGUGUCCUAAAGGAAUGUACCUGAACCACAAGAAUGAGUGUGUUCGUAAAUCUCAUUGUCCCUGCUACUUAGAGGACAGAAAGUACAUCCUGCCUGACCAGUCAACAAUGACUGGUGGGAUCACCUGCUACUGUGUUAAUGGGAGGCUAAGUUGCACAGGCAAACCUCAAAAUCCUGCAGAAAACUGCAAAGCUCCUAAGAAAUACAUAUCAUGUUCUGACAACUUAGAAAACAAGUAUGGAGCUGCAUGUGCCCCUACCUGUCAGAUGCUGGCUACUGGAAUUGAAUGUAUACCCACAAAGUGUGAAUCAGGCUGUGUCUGUGCUGAUGGCCUCUAUGAAAAUCUCGAUGGCAGGUGUGUGCCAGCUGAGGAGUGUCCAUGUGAAUAUGGUGGCCUUGCUUAUGGAAGAGGUGAAUAUAUCCAGACAGAAUGUGAGAUCUGCACUUGCACAAAAGGCAAAUGGAAAUGUGUUCAGAAAACAAGGUGUUCCUCCACCUGUAAUCUGUAUGGAGAAGGCCACAUCACCACCUUUGAUGGACAGCGUUUUGUGUUUGAUGGCAACUGUGAAUACAUAUUAGCUACGGAUGGCUGCAGUGUUAACAGACCCAUUUCUUCUUUCAAAAUUGUUACUGAGAAUGUCAUCUGUGGGAAAUCAGGAGUUACGUGCUCCAGAUCCAUCAGCAUUUACCUUGGGAAUCUGACAAUCAUACUGAGAGAUGAAACCUUUGCUAUUUCUGGGGGAAAUCCUGGUAUAAGAUACAAAGUGAAAAAGAAUGCCCUUCACCUGACGUUUGAUAUCAUUAUCCCAGGAAAAUACAACAUGACCCUUAUUUGGAAUAAGCAUAUGAACUUCUUCAUCAAGAUCUCCAGAGAAACACAGGAAACGAUCUGUGGUUUGUGUGGUAACUAUAAUGGCAACAUGAAGGAUGACUUUGAAACUCGAAGCAAGUACGUGGCAUCAAACGAGCUGGAAUUUGUCAACUCUUGGAAAGAGAAUCCUCUCUGUGGGGAUGUGUACUUUGUAGUGGACCCCUGUAGCAAAAACCCUUAUCGUAAAGCAUGGGCAGAAAAGACAUGUUCCAUCAUCAACAGCCAUGUUUUUUCUGCCUGUCACAAUAAGGUGAAUCGGAUGCCCUACUAUGAGGCCUGUGUCCGAGACUCCUGUGGGUGUGAUAUUGGAGGGGACUGUCAGUGCAUGUGUGACGCCAUCGCAGUCUAUGCCAUGGCAUGCUUGGAAAAAGGCAUCUGCAUUGACUGGAGGACCCCUGAGUUCUGUCCUGUCUAUUGUGAGUAUUACAAUUCUCAUAAAAGAAAAGGAAUUGAUGAUGCUUUUUCCCAUGGCUACAAUGAUGACAAAUGCACCUGGCACUACAGGCCUUGUAACUGUCCAAAUCAAAACUACAAAUAUGUCAAUAUUGAAGGCUGUUACAACUGCUCUCAUGAUGAGUACUUUGACCAUGAAGAAGAAAGGUGCAUGCCGUGUGGACAAGUAAACGUUACCACCACACCCGGACCAUCUUCACCUUCACCAGUAACAACAGUGCAGCCUAAAGUAACUAGGAGUUCUACCACAAGCACACUUCCAACAGUACCUAGUACUUCUUCUGCAACAACUGUAUUAUCUGAGACUACAAAUCCAACAAUAACUGCAAAAAUUACAGUUCCAAGAACUUCACCCUCACAACCUCUUGUCACAAUAAAGUCAACUACUGAGACAGAACAAGUAGGGGUCACCUCACCAUCUUUCAAGACCACCACCAAAAGGGAAAUAGCAACCUCCUCGAUACCUACUCAAACCACAAGUUGGAGCACAACUUUCAGCCAGCCUGAACUAACAACAGCAGUUGUCACCCACAUAAGAACAACAUUGACACAGCCUGUGCAGCACCUCGUCACACAGACACAGACCAUCCCUGGCAGAUCCACCAGCAGCACCUCUGUCCUGAGAGAGACCAGCCCUGCCACUAGCCCAGGAGUUCCGCUAACAAGGACAUUUCCGAGCUCCAGCUCUUUGCCUGUCACUUCAACCUCAUCUGCUUCUUCCCUCUCCUCAACCCAGCUGGGAACAUCAUAUCCUGCAAGGGAGCCAACCAGAGCUAAGACACCAACUACUAAAGUAGUAACAGCCUUCACCUAUGAACAGUCAACUGUGCCACACAUCUGGCCACCUGUGACCACACACAAGACCACGGCCGCCACCUCCAUCAGCAGCACCUCCAGGACCUCUGCCUCCACAGAAGUGCCUCUGGAAACAGCCUCUCCACAUCCCAGCUCUCCACCUGUCCCCAGCAGCCCGCUCAGCACCCGGUUGCCGUCCACUGCCACCACUUCCACAGCCUCCUCCACAGCAGCUCCCAGCACCAGCCUCAGGCCCACACCUACAACCCUGAGGCCCAAGACCUCUUCCCCAACAACCAGUGCUGCAAAGGAAUCUCCUGUAACAGAGUCCUCUGCACCCACCACGGCCAAAACCAGCACGAUGCCAUUGCCUGCUUCUUUUCCCUCCUCAUCUGUCUCCUCAAUACGGCUCAGCUCCUCACAGCCUACCUUCACCCCCGAACAGUCAACUGUGGUACACAUAGGGCCACCUGUGACCACGAACAAGACCACAACCGCCACCUCCAUCAGCAGCACCUCCAGGACCUCUGUCUCCACAAGAGCCAGCCUAGCAAGCAGCACAGAAUUGCCUCCGGAAACAGCCUCUCCACAUCCCAGCUCUCCACCUGUCCCCAGCAGCCCGCUCAGCACCCGGCUGCCAUCCACUGCCACCACUUCCACAGCCUCCUCCACAGCAGCUCCCAGCACCAGCCCCAGGUCCAUACCUACAACUCUGAGGCCCAAGGCUUCUUCUCCAACAACCAGUGCUGCAAAGGAGUCUCCUUUAACAGAGUCCUCUGCACCCACCAUGGCCAAAACCAGCACGAUGCCAUUGCCUGCUUCUUCUCCUUCCUCAACUGUGUCUUCAAUAUGGCUCAGCUCCUCACAGCCAGCAGCCUUCACCAAUGAACAGUCAACUGUGGUACACAUCGGGCCACCUGUAACCACAAACAAAACCUCAGCCGCCACCUCCAUCAGCAGCACCUCCAGGACCUCUGUCUCCACAGGGGCUAGCCCACCAAGCAGCACAGAAGUGCCUCUGGAAACAGCCUCUCCACAUCCCAGCUCUCCACCUGUCCCCAGCAGCCCACUCAGCACCCGGCUGCCAUCCACUGCCACCACUUCCACAGCCUCCUCCACAGCAGCUCCCAGCACCAGCCCCAGACCCACACCUACAACCCUGAGGCCCAAGGCUUCUUCUCCAACAACCAGUGCUGCAAAGGAAUCUCCUGUAACAGAGUCCACUGCAUCCACCACGGCCAAAACCAGCACGCUGCCAUCAUCUGCUUCUUCUCCUUCCUCAACUGUGUCUUCAAUAUGGCUCAGCUCCUCGCAGCCUGCCUUCACCCAUAAAAUGUUGACCAUGCCACAUGCAGUGACACGUGUGACCACAGAGAAGACCACGGCCGCCACCUCCAUCAGCAGCACCUCCAGGACCUCUGCCUCCACAGAAGUGCCUCUGGAAACAGCCUCUCCACAUCCCAGCUCUCCACCUGUCCCCAGCAGCCCGCUCAGCACCCGGUUGCCGUCCACUGCCACCACUUCCACAGCCUCCUCCACAGCAGCUCCCAGCACCAGCCUCAGGCCCACACCUACAACCCUGAGGCCCAAGACCUCUUCCCCAACAACCAGUGCUGCAAAGGAAUCUCCUGUAACAGAGUCCUCUGCACCCACCACGGCCAAAACCAGCACGAUGCCAUUGCCUGCUUCUUUUCCCUCAACUGCGUCCUCAACAUGGCUUAGCUCCUCACAGCCUCAGAAUUGUAGAGAAGUUGAAUAUGAAGAAGAAGUAACUUACAAAGGCUGUUCCACAAAUGUCACUUUGAGCCGAUGUGAAGGAUCAUGUCCCUCUUCAACAAAGCUGGAUGUUGAGAAGAUGACGGUCACCACAGCAUGUGGCUGCUGUAGGCCACUUGAACUGCUUAAGAAGCAAUUCCAAUUACCAUGCCAAGACCCAGAUAACCCUGGAAGAAGGCUCACCACAGAAAUAAUUGCAUUUAGUGGCUGUGUGUGUAACAUUGACAGUUGCACACACUAACCAGACCCGGUGGCUGCAGAUACCAUCUUUUGUAAUUAAACCCUGAUCACAAGUUAAUCCUUCCACAGCUCAUUGCUGGGUUCUCUUGUACUGAUUACACAGGACAACCUUGCUGUAAGGCUGCCUGAGCAGCUGCCUGGACUACCAAUGGAAUUACCAGAUAAAUUAUUCCUAAUCAGAACCAGGGUGAGGUGCAGAGGAGGAAAGAAAAACAGGCACAGAAAGAACAGGCUCAGGGUGGGGAUCAGGAGGGAAGUCAAGAAACUGGCCUUGCUCAGGGUGAUUUAUUCAACCAGAGGUUAAAACCUGGCCCAUGCACUGGGCAGUAACAGAAAUUCAAUGUUCAAAUAAAGCAGAAGGAACUGAAUUUGCUAA